UUAUUGGCCUCUGUUACUACGUCCCUGGGAAAACCUGUUGUUGGUUUGUUUGUGGGGUGCAAAUUGUUAUCAAACCGCAAACAGAUAACAUUUAAUUUUAGCAAUAUGAGCAAAGCAAGCAAUAUCAUGCGUUUGGUGCUGUUGCAGUUGAAGGGUUCCAAAGACAAAGUGGCCAAUGUCCAAAACGCCGCAAGCAAAAUUGAGGCGGCGGUCAAGGAGCACAAACCUCGAUUGAUUACUUUGCCGGAGUGCUUUAAUGCUCCCUACGGAACAAAGUACUUCCGGGAGUAUUCCGAGACCAUCCCCGAUGGCUACACUUCCCAGCAGCUCUCCAGUUUGGCCAAGAAGCACCAGGUCUUUAUAGUGGGAGGAACCAUUCCGGAACUGGGUGAAAACGACGCCAUCUAUAACACCUGUACGGUGUGGUCACCCUCUGGGGAUCUGGUGGCCAAGCAUCGCAAGAUGCAUCUUUUCGAUAUUGAUGUAAAGGGUGGCAUUCGCUUCAAGGAAUCGGAAACCCUUUCCGCUGGCAAUGACUUCACCACUAUCGAUGUAGAUGGUCACAAGAUUGGCAUCGGCAUUUGUUACGACAUCCGUUUCGAGGAGAUGGCCAGGCUGUACAGGAAUGCCGGCUGCGAGAUGAUCAUAUAUCCUGCUGCGUUCAACAUGACCACGGGUCCUCUUCAUUGGGAACUCCUUCAGCGAGCCCGUGCUAAUGAUAAUCAGCUAUUUGUGGUUACAACUUCGCCAGCAAGAGAUUCAAGUGCUGAAUAUGUGGCUUAUGGUCAUUCCAUGGUGGUGGAUCCUUGGGCAAAAGUGCAGCAGAGUGCCAAGGAAGGCGAGGAAACCGUGGUGGCUGAUAUUGACUUCUCCCUGGUGGAGCAAGUGCGCCAGCAGAUUCCAGUCUUCGGCCAACGACGCCUGGAUCUGUAUGCCACCGAAAAGAAGUCCAAGUAAAGCUUUAAACGUAAACAACGACUGUACAACGCUUUCAAUUUGUUGUACUGAAAGAAUCUUUCUGUUUAAAACAUGAAAAGUAAUCCUUGUAGAGAAUUUAAACAUUGCAUUUAUAUUUGUUGAUUGUAUAUAAAAUUUAUUAGACCUAAACACA